CGGCUGACAAAUAGCUCCGACCUCCGCGGCUCACACACAGCGAGUGGGCAUGAGCACGACCGGGUUCGGGAGUUUCUGGUCAAAUGUUCGCUCUUGGUUCCUGAUUUUCUUUACAAACAGAAUCAAAUCGGGCCUUAAGUAACGCGUAAAACCCGAAGAGGACGCACAGACGCGCAGAGAAGUCGGCUACCUGCGUUUGACAUUUUUGUUCGAUUCAGACUCUGAGGAUAACUUUGAUCCACAGUGUUGAUCUCCGGACUAAAGAGGCACCGCAGGGGGAAUAUGAGAGCUGGUUUGGGCCACUGAGGGACUGAUCAUCGGUGUGCGCGCUUGGUGUCUUUAAAGGUGACCGCAAAGCCAGAUUAUGCAGCAUCCUUUGGACAUGGGGGCGCAUUACUAUCCUCCGGAAGUUCACCCGGAUCACAGAACUCAUCGCUACAGGAGUUUCAUGAUAGAGGAGAUCCUGACCGACCACCCGGAGCACAAAGCGUCGGCUCCGGCAGGGGAGCUCCUCAAAUUCGGGGUGCAUGCUCUCCUGUCCGCCCGGCCUUUCCAUAACCAGCUGGUACUGAAGGCCGACCAGACGAGCCUCCUCAAGUUCCCCUUAUCCCCGCUGUCCUGCUCGCUGGGAUCCCCGCUCGGCUCCCCGCUCUUGUCCGCGGCUCCGGGCCUGCAGGUCGGCGCGGCGUCUCACCACCUGCCGCUGGACCUCCACCUCCGCGGAAAGCUGGAGCACGGAGGGGACGGAAGCAGCAAGACCAAGAAGGGCCGCCGGAGCCGCACGGUGUUCACUGAGCUGCAGCUGAUGGGCCUGGAGAAGCGCUUCGAGAAGCAGAAGUAUCUGUCCACGCCUGAUAGGAUAGAUCUUGCUGAGUCUCUGGGUCUCAGUCAACUGCAGGUGAAAACAUGGUACCAGAACAGAAGGAUGAAAUGGAAGAAAAUAGUGUUGCAGGGAGGAGGCCUGGAGUCACCGACUAAACCAAAAGGUCGUCCGAAGAAGAACUCCAUACCCAGCAGCGAGCAGCUCUCUGAACAAGAAAGAUCUACUUCUGACGCUGACCGCCAGUCUGAAGGCUCUAGCUCCCACUCAGAGAACACUCAGGAGGAAUGACCCGGGCCGCAGUCUGCACAUACUCUGACUCUAAACGCAGAACCUCUGGGACGCUCUAUGUGCAUCUUUCUGGACAGGGCCAGAAUCCAAAAAAUGGCAGGGAGAAGAUGUGUGUGCUGCUCCCCUCCGGAAGCUGGACCGUCUGGUGCAGUCUCCUCAUGCAAAACCAAAGACUUGCAGGUCCUGCAGGGAGCCUUAACUGUACGAGUCCACAUCCUCCAACAGCCAUGUGUUUUUGUCAGUAGCCCUACCAUGCAUUCCCUCAUGAUGAACUUGCCGCUGUUGAGGAGGGAACUCAAACCUUUGCAGUAGGUCUACCCUUUAUAUUCUACGGAUCCACUCUCACUCAUCUGUUUUGCA